GGGUGCCCGGGCGGGGCGGGGGCGGCUCCCGGGGGCGCCACGGGUCAGUCCUGCCUCCGGGAUCUGGGGCCCGGCACCCCCGAGAAGCGAGCGCGUGGGUGCCGCGCGGACGCCCCGGCCCCGACCUGGAAGCCCGUGGCGCAGAUGCGUUGCCCGCGGCCAGGUGGCGAUGGGAGGAUGGCGAGCGGCCCGCCGGGGGCCGCGACUCCGCCGCGUGAAGGGAGCACCGACGUCUGAGUGCCAUUAGCUGCUGUCAGACCGCGUUCUGACCGAAGCCUGCGGGAAGGGCUGGGCCUGUGGGCAGAGGAGGGUGGACGCGCCCGGCCUCCCCCUCCUCCGCCUCAGGCCAGAGCAGCAAGUGGGCGGCCAGAGAGGGAGCUAGCAGAAAUCCCCCUGCAGGCCCUCAGGCUACAAGCCAUGUGAUGGGACGCAGACGCCCUCGGCAGUGCUUCCCCAGAGCCUGUAACCAACUUUGCUGCUCCGAUUUUACACGUCCUGAACUUCCAGUUCUGUGUUUCCAGCCACAAUUCAGGCAACCUAUAAAUGACAAUUGACAGGCAAAACUAGAGAACCAUUUGCUGUUCCUCCUCUCCUGUGGUGGCCCAAGCCACAGGGCCUGUACCCUGCGAUAACACCACUGGCCCUGGGCCGUCAUCCUCUCUGCCAGGCACGGGCAGCACUUGCCCGGUAACGCCUGCUAACCACAGCACCCCUGCGAGCCCAGCGCUCGACAUCCCCGUUGUGCAGAGUAGGGACGGUCUCGGGGUGAGGACCUGGCCAAGGUCACUCCUGGUGAACGACAGCACGAGGGUUCAGGCCCCGCAGGGGAGCCCAGAGCCGGUGCCGGCUGCCUGGUCCCCAGCACGUGGCCUGUCAAGUUGCUGAAGAGAACGGCUCCCGUCUGCCCUGUGGACACCCUCUCCCUCGUCCUGUCCUGUUGUGGUUGCCACUCGGGGACUUAUUCACCCUGGAUAAAGCAGCCACAGAAGUGCAGGCAGGCAUGGGCAUCCCAGAUAAAAGCCGGACGGCCCUCGCCUCCCCCGGGACUCAGCCUCGGCCUCCCAGGCCUAGGCACCCGCGACGCCUACGCUGACUGCCGCCCGGGCCCGAUGCCGGUCCUGCCCAUCCCCCGGCGGGUGCGCUCCUUCCAGGGCCCGCACACCACCUGCCUGCACGCCGCCUGCGGCCCGGCGCGCGCCUCCCGCCCGGCCCGCACCAAGUACAACAACUUCGACGUGUACGUCCGGGCGCGCUGGCUGUACGGCUUCAUCCGCUUCCUGCUCUACUUCAGCUGCAGCCUCUUCACGGCCGCGCUGUGGGGCGCGCUGGCCGCCCUCUUCUGCCUGCAGUACCUGGGCGUGCGCGUGCUGCUGCGCUUCCAGCUCAAGCUGUCGGCGCUGCUGCUGCUGCUGGGCCGCCGGCGCGCGGACUUCCGCCUCCUCAACGAGCUGCUGGUCUACGGCGUCCACGUGACCACGCUGCUGGUCGGGGGCCUGGGCUGGUGCUUCAUGGUCUUCGUGGACAUGUGAGGGCGCCGCGGGCUCUUCCGGGGACGGUUUCUGGCGACCCGGCCGUAGAUGCACCUACGGCGGGCGCUUUUCUCGACGCGGUAGGUCAGGGCCCUUUCGGCGCCGUGUCAGAGGCAUAACCCACCCCCGACCCCUGCGUCUCUGGCUCAGGAAAGGGCUGAGACUUCUGUGAAGGGGACACUGGCGCCCUCUUUCCUGCUGGCCUUUGCUCGGAUCCUUUCUGUGUGUGGUUUCGGUGCCGCGUCCCCUGCACCACCUGCUUGCGGUUCCAGCCUGCACUUUCUAAGCUAUUCCCGGGGCGGGGCCGGGGGGGGUAUGGGUCCAGUCUGUACUUGGAGAGCCUGUGUCCCUGUCCCCUCUCCAGGGCAGUGGUGUCACCAGUGGUGUGGGAGGUCCCCGGGAGGGGUGUGCUACCCAGGUGCACAUCUGGAGGGGAGAUCCUGGCCGCACAGCCCCCUCCUGUGCGCCCCCGGCCCCUGCCCCAGCCUUAGGGAAGCGUCAGGCUCCACCAGCUGAUGCACCACACUGCCAUCAAGCUCUUCACUCCGCCCUGGGCCACCGAGUCCUCGCUCAGCCCACGGACUCUCCUCCAUUUGUUACCCUGCGAGGCGUGGGUGUCCUGAGUCCCAGGCCGGGCUUCAGUGGCACCUCGGUUUGCUUGGCAGUUCCUAGGUCAGGGGCCAGCCCCGGGGAGUGCCGGGUCCAGGGCACAAGUCUCUUCCUCCCGGGCAGGUCUGUUGAGAAUGUCAGCUGGAUGUUGUCAUCUCUUCAAGUGUGGAUUUCUGGGGAGGUAACUCAGUUUUCUUUCUAGCCUUGGGGGACUUUCAUUCUCUUCCCCUCAGGGAACGUCCAGGUUCAAGACGUGUCUGUUGGAAGAAACACCUCUUGGAAUCAGGGUUGCCCCAGGGCUGGACCUCCGAGUGAGGGGCUCGGCGGCCCCUUUGUCCCUGCCUCGGCGGUUGUUAGAGCAGCUGGGAGUACAAAGCAAAAAUGAAUGUGGGCCUGGAAAGAACCAGUGGUCCAGGGGGGCUUUCGGUUGCAGAGAGAACAUACCAGAGGGCCAGCAUUUUGCCCAGACCCCUCACCCUGGCCUCCAUCAGUUGGGGACAGGGUAGCCGCAGGCCUUGUGGGCAGGCGAGGGGCACUCUGUCAGCUGGGACAACAGCCAGAGGCGGGACAUAGGGCCCCAUACUGAGGGUGACAGGGAGGCCGAUGCUACUUCACCCCACACCCGCGGGCACGGGCGGUAGUCCCUUCAACCCUGCCUGGCCGGGUCCCCCAGUGGCCAGGGGGAGCUGUGGGGGCAGUUGUGUGCCACUGGAAAAAAAAGCCAAAUCAGGUAAAGAAGGCAAAAAACACUUGGCUGUAAACUGUGGUCUUUAAUUUGUAGCCAGUUUUUGUCGGACGACUGUCCACUCGAGGUCAGUGGACGGCUCCUUCGAGGGAAGUGGGAGUGAGUCUGUCCCCGUCACCCGGACGGCAGGCGCGGAGCCGACCCACGUGGACCCCCCUCCUCGGCGCUGCAGAGCACGUUUUGCACCAAAUCAUGCUGUUUCCUAAAAGCUUUGUUUUGUGUUAGUUGACUCACGUUACUCUGAGGUGGGCAUGUGUCCACGGGGCUGGGGCAGCAGGGGGGUCACGGUGGUGCGGACAAAACGCUGCUUGGUGUCUUGAGUGCCUGUGAAAUUCUUUAUGAAAUGAGCCACCUGCAUUAAACUUAUUUUUUUAACACGUUGACAGCA